UUUAUUUUUUGGGCAGAACUAGGAACAACAGUUAAUAUUACAAGAAAUUCUGAGCCGAUCGCAAUUUGUAUAUAUAACUUCAAUCGAACUCCUUACCCAAGCAAAUGAAAUUAACCAUGAGCACCAAAAUGUAUGGACACCCAACCCUUCAUUACUUUUUUUACACACUAGUUGUUAUUUCUGCACUGAUCUUUGGUGCCAAUGGAGACUACUUAAUCGGAGUGGGGAGCUACGACAUGACAGGUCCAGCUGGGGGAGUGAACAUGAUGGGUUAUGGCAAUUUUGAUCAGAACACGGCCGGUAUACAUUUCCGGCUCAGAGCAAGGACUUUCAUCGUAGCCCAGAGCUCUGAUGGUCCAAGGUUCGCCUUCGUCAACCUUGAUGCAGGAAUGGCCUCACAGCUUCUCACCAUUGAAGUGCUGCAGAGACUUCAGAAAAGGUAUGGAGAUUUGUAUAAUGAAGAGAACGUAGCAAUCAGUGGCACCCAUACUCACGCUGGUCCAGGGGGCUAUUUACAGUAUGUGAUUUACUCCGUAACGUCUCUCGGCUUUGUACCACAAUCAUUCGACGCCAUUAUCACUGCCAUCGAGCUCAGCAUUGCCCAGGCUCAUGAUAAUCUCAAGCCUGGCUCCAUUUUUAUCAACACAGGGGAUUUGGAGAAUGCGGGAAUAAAUAGGAGUCCGAGUGCAUAUUUGUUCAACCCUCCAGAGGAGAGAGCCCGUUAUCCACGCGACAUUGAUACCCUAAUGACACUUUUGAAGUUUGUAGAUGCAGAGAAUGGGAAGAGCAUUGGAGCAUUCACCUGGUUUGCAACACAUGGAACAUCUAUGAGCAGAGACAACAAGUUCAUUAGUGGAGACAACAAGGGUGCUGCUGCUAGAUUUUUCGAGGACUGGUUCACUUCCACCUCUAAAAAUGCCUCCACACCAAUCAACAACUACUCUAAAAAACUAAAUAAUAGAGGUUUGUUAGAGAAGGCGGCAAAGAUCAAAGCCACGGGAGGACAACCUUGCAGUAAUACCACUAGCCAAGGAUUCAAAGUGAGGAAGAACGACGGGUCACUAUUUGUCGGAGCAUUUUGUCAAUCAAACGUCGGAGAUGUCAGCCCCAACGUGCUUGGAGCAUUCUGCACUGAUAGUGGAUUGCCCUGUGAUUUUAAUCACUCCUCAUGCCACGGCAAUGACACGCUUUGUGUGGGCCGCGGUCCAGGGUACCCGGAUGAAAUACUAAGCACAAAGAUCAUGGGAGAGAGGCAAUUCCGAAAGGCAGUUGAUCUGUUCACAUCUGCAAAAGAAGAGUUAACUGGAAAAAUAGAUUAUCGCCAUGUAUAUUUGAAUUUUACUAAUCUUGAGGUUCAAUUAGAGGGAAACGAGGUGGUCAAAACAUGUCCUGCUGCCUUAGGCCCAGGUUUUGCAGCUGGAACUACGGAUGGGCCUGGUGUGUUUGGAUUUGAACAAGGGGAUACGGAGAUCAAUGAGUUUUGGAGAAAAGUAAGAGAUUGGCUUCAAGAACCUAGCCAAUACCAAGUAGAAUGCCAAAAGCCAAAGGCUGUUUUGCUUUCAACGGGCGAAAUGUUUUUCCCUUACGCUUGGGCGGUAAUGCUUAAUGCUUGA